AUGCCGGACGGAUCACUGACCUUACCUGACAUUUGCUCCGGCUGCCAAGACCUUAUUAUUAUGGCACAAGACAAAACAAAAGUUCCCAAAGUACCCGACGGCUGGUUAGCCAAGUUUGACGACAAGUACAGCACGUGGUUUUACGUAAACUUGUCUACGAAAAAAUCCCAAUGGGAACCGCCAAACGGCACCACUUUCGACUCUCAAUCUGGAGACGAUGUUCCGCCACCGGCGUAUUCUCCCAACGGAAAAGACAAACUAAGCAAGCCCUCUGUUUCCUCGAGCGGCCGCACCCCUAGUCCAGGACCCCUGGAGGGCCGAGGACUCUUGGGCAGCGUAAUGGGUGGCCAUCAUGGACAGAACCAAGGAGGCUACGGUGGAGGUCCAGGUUACGGAGGUGGUUAUGGGGGUGGUCCAGGAUACGGAGGUGGAUACGGAGGGGGAUAUGGAGGAGGUCCAGGUUAUGGAGGUGGCUACGGCGGACCAGGUUAUGGAGGUCCUGGUUAUGGAGGUGGCUACGGUGGAUAUCCAAUGCAACAACAGUAUGGCAGACCUCAAAGAAGCGGAUUUGGAGCAGGAGGAAUGGCAAUGGGUGUAGGUGGAGGUUUGCUUGGAGGAAUGAUGUUGGGACUGAUGAUGGACAAUCACGACGACCAAAUGGCUUACCAAGAUGGCUACCAAGAUGGUAUGGAUAAUGACAUGGGAGGAGAUAUGGGCGGCGGAGACUUCUAG